UCAAAUGGUGCAAACAAAGGACCAAAUCUUAGGCAACUCAUUGCUCAUUGUUAACCUUCUCUCUUCCUUGAUUCUGAUGGGUUCUUUUUCCUCCAAGGAGCGCAAAAGGAGUUACGAUGUAAUGGCUUCUUCUUCCUCCUCCGAGCCCAAAAUGAGUUACGAUGUAAUGGCUUCUUCUUCCUCCAAGAAGUCCAAAAAGAGUUACGAUGUCUUCCUGAGUUUCAGAGGUCCAGAUGUCCGCAAUCACUUUCUCGGUCAUCUCUACGCAGCUCUAGAUCGAGUAGGUAUAUUCACUUACAUCGAUAAUGAAGAGCUGAGGAAGGGAGAACAAAUAUCACCUGCACUUACGAAAGCGAUUGAGGAAUCGCGAAUUGCAAUCGUGGUUUUCUCUGAGAACUACACCUCUUCAACAUGGUGUUUGGAAGAGAUAACGAAAAUCAUGGAGUGCAAGGAGAAGAAAGGCCUCAUGGUCCAUCCUGUGUUUUACAAAGUAGAACCAAGAGAAGUGAGAGGGCAGAAACAGAACUAUGGACAAGCUAUGGGUGAGCAUGAGGUCAAGUUUGGGAAGAAUUCGGAGCAGGUAAAGAGAUGGAAGAAAGCUCUCUACGACGCUGGCUGCUUGUCCGGGUGGCAUUUUACUGAUGGAAAUGAAGCGGGGUUUAUACAACAUAUCGUACAGGAGAUCUCAACUCAACUGGAUCGAAGGCCAAUAAAUGUAGCCAUGUUUCCGGUGGGGAUAGAUUCCCGAGUACAAGAGCUUAAACUAAUCUUAAAUCUACAGUCCAAGGAUGAUGUUCUUAUGGUAGGAUUAUGGGGACAAGGAGGUGUGGGGAAGACAACCUUUGCCAAAGCCAUUUAUAAUGCUAUUUUUAGGGAGUUUCAAGGUGCUUGUUUCUUGGAACGCAUUCGAGAAAAUUCCAAAAAUUCCAUUGAUUUGGUUCCUUUGCAAGAAAAAUUGCUAUCGCAGGUAUUACCAGGGAAGAAAUUAAUAGUCCAUAGUGUUGGUGGAGGAAGUCAGUCAAUUCAAGAUAAACUUUGUAAUAAGAAAGUUCUCAUCAUUCUCGAUGAUGUUGAUGAUGCAUUCCAGUUAAACGCUUUAGCUGGAGAUUGUAAGUGGUUUGGUAAAGGAAGUAGGAUAAUUAUCACAACAAGAAAUAAGCAUCUAUUAACUUCUUGUGGGAUAAAUCAGGGUCAUAUAUAUGAAGUUACAGCUCUUGAGGAUGGUGAUGCUCUUGAACUUUUUAGAAAGCAUGCUUUUCGAGGAAAUCAAGAAAUAGAAAUAAGCAAGAAUCUUGUUAAUCAGGUAUUAUGUUAUGCAAGAGGCCUUCCUUUGGCUCUUGAGGUGUUGGGUGCUUUCUUGUGUGGUAGAAGAGGACCUGAAUGGGAAAGUACCUUACAAAAACUUGCCAAAAGUCCUAAUAAAAAGAUCAACGAUGUGUUAAAGGUAAGUUAUGAUGGAUUGGAGCCUUAUGCAAAGGAGAUUUUUUUGCACAUUGCAUGUUUCUUCAAGGGGAGGAGUAAGGAAUACAUUAAGAAAGUUCUUGAUAGUUGUGAAUUUCACACGACCAUUGGAAUAAAAAUUCUCCUUGAGCGCUGCUUGAUUAGUGAAGAGGCAAAGAAAAUACAAAUGCAUGACUUAAUACAAUUAAUGGGUAUGGAUAUUGUUAAAGAUGAAGAUCGUGAUGAUCCCAUAAACCGCAGUAGAUUAUGGCUUCGUGAUGAUGUUCUUGAUGUUCUAUCAGAAGAUAAGGAAACAAAAGCAAUAAAAGCCAUAGUCUUGCAGCUACCAAAGCCAGAAGAUAUGUAUAUUGGUCCUGAUGCUUUCACAAAGAUGAAAAAUUUGCGGUUGCUCAUCUUGUUUAAUGUAAAUAAUUCUAUUCAAGGUCCCAUUCAUCUCCCUAAUGGGUUAAGGUGGUUUGAAUGGCCUAAUUGUUGUUCGACUCUAGAAUUUAGCCAUGGUCCAAAGAAAUUAGUCGGACUUGAUAUGCGGAGUAGCAAGAUCAAGGUAGAGCCCAAACAAUUUAAGGAAUUUAAAAAAUUAAAGUACAUCAACUUCCAUAAAUGCCAGUCACUAGUUUGUAUGCCAAACAUCAGCUGUACUCCAAAUCUCGAGGAAUUGGAUCUUAGUGAGUGCAAAAACUUGGAGCGUGUCCACGGAUCAACUGGAUAUCAUGAAAAUAUGCAAUUGUUGAAUUUGAGUGGGUGCUCUGAACUUCAUCAUUUCCCCAAUGUACUCCAAUCCAAGAAUCUUCGAUGUCUUUAUCUCAGUUAUUGCUCAAAAUUGCAAAGAUUCCCUGAUAUUCCAGAUAAAAUCAAAGGCUUGCGUCAACUUAUUUUAGUUGGGACUUCAAUUGAGGAACUUCCUGCAUCCAUAGAAAAUCUUGUCUCAUUGGAAAAAGCAUAUUUAGAUAAAUGCAAGAAACUGGCAAUCCUUCCGUCUAGCAUUUACAGGUUGAACAAACUUCAAACUUUGAAUCUCAGUGGCUGCUCAAAACUAACCAAGUUUCCAAAGAUGGAGGAGGAUUUGAGUGAUCCCCACAUGAAGACGGGAUUUAGUGAGCUAUCGCGCCUAGAACUUGGUGGAUGCAAUCUAUCAGAAGUAGAAUUCCUACAUAAUCCUUCAUGUUUUCCUAAGUUAGACUCGUUGGGUGUUUCAUAUUGCCAAAAACUAAAAGAGAUCCACAAUAUUUCGCCACAAUUGAUUGGAUUGUCAGCAAAAAGUUGCAAAUCUCCGAGUAAAAUUGCCUCCAACAUAUCUCAUGUUCAGCAUGUCCACUUAAAUUCAUGUUAUGAACUAGUUAGUAGUGGAUUGACCAUGAAUGAUUUGUUCAACCCUGAGUUUAGACUCUCUAAUUUGUUCAACCAUGAGGUUAGACUCUCUGAUUUGUUCAACCUCUACCCUGAGGUUAGACUCCCUGAUUUGUUCAACCUUGAGGUUAGACUUUCUGAUUUGUUCAACCCUGAGGUUAGACUCUCUGAUUUGUUCAACCUCCAUGAGGUUAGACUCUCUGAUUUGUUCAACCCUGAGGUUAGACUACUCUCCGAUUCGUUCAACCUCCCUGAGGUUAGACUCUCUGAUUUGUUCAACCCUGAGGUUAGACUCUCUCUCUCUCCCCCCCCAACACACACACACACACAAUGAAAAUCCAGGAUUGAUCGGCUAAUUAAGAAAAGCAAAUAUAUAUAAAGUGAUUCUGUAUGUAUAUCUAGUGGAGGUGGCAAUAGGGCAACGUGAAUGACAUUUUCUCUAUCUAUAGAACUCUAGUUUGCUAUGGAAUUACAAGGAUCACUGAAUGAAAAGCUUCAACAAUAUAUGUCAACAAUACAAGUUCAUCCAAUUACAAAAUCUUCUACAAUAAAUAUCCCGUUUCCACCAAUUAAUUACCAAACACCUUUGUAAUGCUAUUGCUAACUAGAGCUAAACUCUAGGACUACCCUUAACUCAUUGAAACUCCUCUUUUUUAUGUGCCAAUUUAGAAAAAUUAUCUAAUAGCUUACA